AACUCAGGCACUGGCCCUCUGGUUCAAAAAGACCAGCUGGGGGGGUGGGUACGAGGCUUGAACCCAGCCUGUGGCUCUCCCGCCUCAGUCUGCACUGGGCAGAAGGGGGCCUGAGCCGGGGGAAGUUAGCAGAAAGCACAAGAAACCUGGGAGCCGGUGAUACCAGAUCCUGCCCGGGGCCUGCAGCGCCAGCCGGUGUCAGGAUCCCAGCACUGGGCCCGGGCUCCAGGCUGCCUCAGGAGCGGGGCGUGUGAGGUCUGUGUGGGCGCAGCAGGUGGAACCCUGCCCCUGUGUGAGGUGAGGCCUGGUUGCCUGGUGACUGCCCCAGGGCGGCCACCUGCUGCCAGCCGCAGUGUGCUUGCCGUGCUCGCCCUUGGCACGGCUCCCCCACCCCCUGCCGCCAUGUCUCGGCAGCUCAACAUGGACACGCUGCGGCAGAACUUCUGGAAGGAGGACUAUUUAAGGGAGAAGAUGUUGCGCUGUGAAUGGCACCGCAAGUACGGGUCGCUGGUGAAAGCCAAGCAGAAGGCUAAGGCCGCAGCCCGACUGCCCCUGAAACUGCCCACCCUGCAGCCCACGGCCCCACCCGCACCCCCUCCUGCCCCCGGAGCAGCCCCUCCCAAGGCGCCCAGCCCUGCCGCAGAGGCUCCCCUGCAGUCGGAGAUGUGCCCGGUGCUGCCCGCCACCCGGGCCCUGCUGUACGAAGGCAUCUCCCACGACUUCCAGGGCCGCUACCGCUACCUGAGCACGCGCAAGCUGGACUUGCCCGAAACACGCUACCUCUUCCCCAUCACCACCAGCUUCACAUACGGCUGGCAGCUCGGCCCCCCAGCGAAGCAAGAACUGGUCUCCUGCAAGAUGUGCCGCAUCGAGUCGUUCUUCCGCAAGAACGGGGCCUUUGCUCUGCUUGACCCCCGGGACCUGGCCCUGUGACCUUGGCCCAGGCCCUGGGCUUAGGACAGAGAAGAAU